AUGACAUUUGGCGCGUGGAAUGUGCGCACAACUCUUGACCGCGAAGAAAAUGCUUGCCCUGAGCGAAAAACUGCCAUUUUAGCUCGGGAAAUAAGUUGUUAUAAUAUUGAUGUGGCUUCACUCAGCGAAACACACCUCUCCGAUGAAGAAGAGCUGGUAGAACACGGCGGAGGGUGUACUUUCUUUUGGAAAGAACUCGUUUCCCCAGAGCCGCGAAGGUCUGGUGUAGGCUUUGCUGUCAAGAACUACCUUGCUGCUCAACUACAAGAGUGCCCUGUACACGUCUCGGACCGUAUUACAACCACAUUGCUCCUUUACAUGGAACGUAAAAACUAUCCUAAUUUCAUCAGUAUCGAUGCCCCAACGCUAGACAAGUCUGAUGAAAUUUAG